AGAUCCUUCAUAUUCUUCGUUUCUACUUAUUUCAGAAAUGGCAGUUAGUACUCAAGUCGCUGGUGUGGACAGUAAUGAUGAUGACACUGUUGGUUGUAGUGAGCUAAUCCAAAGUAUUCGAGUUGGCGACAGACAGAUGCCCCCCGAGUUGGCUACCACCCAACAGGAUGAUGUCAUACAAAAAGCUACGACCUCCUUUGUUUACCUGGAGGCCCCUCAAUACUCACUUAGGAUUACUUCCGAUGGCGGUGACCAUAGCAGGUUCUCACUCCGUGUAACUUCUCGUAAUACGGAUCACGCUGAGUCCAUCGCCGAGCUGCGAGACGGCGAUGAUAAGCAUCGCUUUUUGCAUUUCCAAUUCAACGACAGUGCUGUAUUGGAGGCAGUUUCGACUGACGGCCAAGGCGCACGAGAAGUCGUGGGAUAUACCGUCAUAAGCGUCGAUGAGCUGCAAGAGUUUCAGCUUUGUUGCGCCUCUAAUCUCACGGUCCGCUCGUUGGUCAACGACAAGUACCGGAACGUGGGUACCGUCACAUUCCGUUUUGUGAAUGUGACGCCGCUACCAGCAGCGUUGAGGUCAGCCUUCUCUCCCCGUACCGAACCUCGGCAGGGAUCGACUCUGCGAGCGCGCACCGCCACAGGGAAGAACGUACAUGAGAUGACCAUUAUCGGUCAUCGAGGUAUUGGUAGUGACGAGAUGGGCUCGCGGAUAAGAGAGAAUACGCUGUUGGCAUUCAAGCAGGCAGCUAAGUACGGUGCUGAUGCGGUCGAAUUUGACGUCUUCCUCACGGCCGAUCGGACCCCCAUGAUUUUCCAUGAUUUGGAGAUCAAUCAUUCCAAUAGCAGCAAGAAGAUUCCUAUCACGUCUCUGUGCGAGGAGGGUCUAUGCUCGCUGGAUGAGGACAAUCAAGAGAGGAUAUUCACGGGUCGGGAACGAGUGGAGUCGAGCGUCUCUGGUGGGGGAAGCGGGUCCUCCAACGGCAGCUUUUGCAGCGGGUCCUCCACGCCUACCUCCUCGUCUGGAAAGGGUGGCCUAUUGGAAGCAGGCAAACGGGUGCGCAGUCUCCAUGACCUAGCGGCAACAUUCCCCUCUAGAGGUCGUGUUGAAUCGGAAGUAUCGCCACUUGAGGCCGAGGGUGUUCGAGAUAGUGCUGCAGUGCAGGAGAAACUGCCCAGUCUGAAGGCCGUGUUAGAGGGUACACCUGACGAUCUGGGAGCAUUGAUUGAGAUCAAGUAUCCAACUGCAGCUGCUAUUCGAAAGUAUCCAUCACGGUCGUGCCACGACCGCGGUACUGUUGCUGACGUCAUCCUGCGUUAUAUAUACGACUAUGGUUGUCCCGCGACUCGGAGGUAUAUGUUCUCCUCAUUUGAUCCCGAGAUGUGCCUCGCACUACGACAGAAGCAGGCACGGUUCCCUAUCAUUCUCAAUACGUGGUUCGGGUAUGAGGAUGUUCAUGAUAACACCGAGGUCGACUUCACGGACCUCCGCAAUAGGGAUCCCUUGGCAGCAGCUGAGUUCUGUUCACGGAACGGCAUUGAAGGGCUGUGCCUUGAGGCGUCAUGGUUGCAUGAGCACUAUCAAUUCGCUGACUACUGCCGAAGGGCUGGACUGACAUUGUAUACGUAUGGUCCUGAGAACAAUAAGACGUCUCGUGUUGAGAUGCAAAUGCGGCAUAUGGGCGUGGCUGGCUGCAUAGUCGACAACAUCGGUCGAUUCCGUGGAGGAGCUGAUGGCGAAGGCGCGGUGAUGUCCUUGGCAGAAGCACGAAAGCUUUGGUCGUCCAGUCAAAGUGCAGCCUCGUCGUCGGGAUUCUCUACUGCUUCGUCAUCCGAUGCCAACUAAUCCUAUGUAUAAGCCAUCCCACUUCUUCUUAUAUUUGUCAGUUGCCAAUGCACUACGGCGGCCUUACCAGUGCCAGUUCUUUACCUGAUGUAAAGGACAUGUGCUGUGGUUUCUCUCGACGGUGAUUAUGAAGAUAAAGAUGUUGGAUCUUGUUAUUCGUGUAUUAUAUCAAUAUACUUCUUCUCUGAUUCUUGAGUAGGCGUGUUCCGAUCGAUCACUCUCGUCGGACGUAUGCCGCCAAACGACGGUGCGGGAGUAGCUUUCUUUUUCAUUCGGGCGCAUUGUCGUCCAUCUGAUCUGUGAAUACAGUAGUGUCUGGAUGCAUGGUUAUAUCCCGGUACUGUUCACGGGUGGAUGGACAUUUUCCUCUUUAUCUCUCCUAUCUACUGCUACCUAACAUUCACCGAUAGGAGAGUAGUCGUUAUUGACUUUGCUGAUCUAACUACGUUGAGUCAUGCUGCCCCUGGCCGACUCGACAAAUAUCUUUACUUAGCGUCCGGGUGGGACGAAGUCGGAGAUUGGCCCGGUGGUCAUCAACUGCCUCUACGCAUCGACUGCAAUCAUCAUGGUUUAUUCCCCUCAUUUGUGUGUCGAGAAAUGGCUACAAUGAGUGAGUUUAAUACAUCUACACAGUCUCCGCCAAUCUCAUUGUACUAUCGACACGACGAUCUGUAUUGAGGGGCAUCUCGUAUGUCUGACUCUACUAUUGUUAGGUUGAUAGUACCGUUAGCGGUUAUAUUGCGCUGUUGUACUUUUGCUGUCUAAUUAUUGCUCAUCCGGAAUGGGUUUGGGAUAGAGCGUAUGAUGAUGUUGUGACUUGAACCCUACGAUCAUUAUGCUUAUCGUCGUCUUGCCGAGUAGGUGUUCGUGGUGUUACUCGAUUAUACCGAUAAUGCAGGGAUGAUGUAGAAGGUGAACGUCUGCCUUGUGGAGGGGUAGUUUAUUGAGAAUACUUCCUUC